GUGCUAGACAUUAAGAAGAAGCUGAAGCAGUCCAAAAGGUUCUGGUCCAACCUGCCAGAUGAGAUCUGUAUUAAAGACAAGUUGACCGAGUCAGAUGAAGAGCAGUGUUGGAACAGUCACGCCAAGGCCAGGUAUUUUCCUGAGGUGGUAAAGGACGGCCUCACCAACCAGCUGAACAACCCAGAGGUGGCGGUGGACAUCACUAGACCGGACACUCUGAUUCGCCAACAGAUCAUGACACUCAGAGUGAUGACCAACAAGCUGAGAAACGCCUACAACGGCAACGACAUCUUCUUUCAGGACUCCAGUGACGAGGGCAGCGGCAGCAGCAGUGGCUGUACAGAGGGAUGUACCACAGAGUUUGUGUUUGUGGGUCCAGAGGCCCCCGUGGUGGGAGCAGACAGGAGUGAUGAGCGAGCUUCUGCUGCAUCAGGCAACGCCCCACAUCCCUCCAGACCCUCUCCCCUGCUACUGACCCUCUCUCUCACAGCCCUGUCCUGGUCCAAGAGAUAAUACCAGCUGGCCCGAGAGGACACCAGGACAUUACCCCUGCUCCUGACCCUCUCUCUCACAGCCCCGUCCUGGUCCAAGAGAUAAUACCAGCUGGCCUGAGAGAACACCAGGACAUUACUGCUACUCUGACUCUGGCACCAAUCAGACAGCCAGCCAGCCGGUCGUCAUACUAACUGUUAGUGUUCUCUAAACGGAACCAGAACAGGACAACCCUUUUGGAUCCCCACCAUGAAGAGAUAUGGUGACAGUAGUAUACUGUAGUAGACUGAGGAGUGUUGUGAGUGCUGCAUCCUGCUUUGUCCCCAAAGAUCUCUCUGUUCUAAUCUGUUCUGUUCUAAUCUGUUCUGCUCUGUUCUGCUCUAUUCUAAUCUGUUCUGCUCUAUUAUAAUCUGUUCUGCUCUAAUCUGCUCUAUUCUAAUCUG